AGACUCUAACAGGCCUGGAUGCUCAGGGUGGUAGAAGGCAACACCCAGGCAAAGUGACUGCAGGAACAAGGACAGAUAAGACUGCCCCGCCCCCGCUCCUUGAGGGGUGACAGCUCUGGGGCGGCACCUUCCUAUUUCUCCCUGGCCACAGCCCUCCCUUCACAGUUCAGCACCUGUUUGCCUGAAGUUAAUUUCCAGAAGCAGUGCUGCUUCUUGCUCUGCAGGAGUCCCCAGAGCUGGGUCAGGGGGAUGAACCGCGAGGGAGCUCCCGGGAAGAGUCCGGAGGAGAUGUACAUUCAGCAGAAGGUCCGAGUGCUGCUCAUGCUGAGAAAGAUGGGAUCAAACCUGACAGCCAGUGAGGAGGAGUUCCUGCGCACCUAUGCAGGGGUGGUCAACAGCCAGCUCAGCCAGCUGCCACAGCACUCUAUCGACCAGGGUGCAGAGGAUGUGGUGAUGGCGUUUUCCAGGUCGGAGACGGAAGACCGGAGGCAGUAGCUGCAAACCCCUUGGAACACCUUAGAAGCUGUCAAGAGCCAAGAGAUCUGUGUGGCUCCUCGGCCAGCUGAGUGGCAGCCCUCCCUCUCUGAGCCCCCACCCCACCCCACCACACACCCCACCCCAUGCCACUCAGCAGGGCUGGCAUCAAGGGAGACACCAUGGUGCAUUUAUGAUUGGCUUAAAGGGAUGGACUCAUGAUUGGCUGUAGGAAGAAAUCUUUUUAUUUUUAAAUCUUGACCAACGGAAACCUUUAUUUUUAUUUCUGAUUCUUAUUUUUUUUUUAAUUUGCGCCUCGGUAUCUGGCUUCCCAGGAAGCUCUCCGAGCUCUGGUGCUUUAUUUAGGUCAUUUUUUAAGAAUGUGAA